AUGGCUUCAUUGAGUGUGCCCGCUAACAUUCUUGCCUCUUCCGACGGCUCCCCCAAGCUUUUCAACAAGUGGUCUUACGAGGAGAUUGAAGUCAAGGAUAUCUCCCUCCAGGACUACAUCUCCGUUCGCCAGCAUGUUUACCUGCCUCACACUGCUGGUCGUUUCGCUGCCAAGCGUUUCCGUAAGGCCCAGUGCCCUAUCGUCGAACGUUUGACCAACUCGCUCAUGAUGCACGGUCGCAACAACGGUAAGAAGUUGUUGGCUGCCCGCAUUGUUCAGCACGCUUUCGAGAUCGUCCACUUGUUGACCGACCAGAACCCCAUCCAGAUCCUUGUUGAUGCCAUCAUCAACACCGGUCCCCGCGAAGACUCCACUCGCAUUGGUUCCCAGGGUACUGUCCGUCGUCAGGCCGUCGAUGUCUCUCCCCUCCGUCGUGUCAACCAGUCGAUCUCCUUGUUGACCACUGGUACCCGUGAGGCUGCCUUCCGUAACGUCAAGACCAUUGCCGAAUGUCUUGCUGAUGAGUUGAUCAACGCCGCCAAGGGUUCUUCCAACUCCUAUGCCAUCAAGAAGAAGGAUGAGCUUGAGCGUGUUGCCAAGUCCAACCGAUAAAUUUAUAUAUUUCUUGGAGUAUUUAUUUAUCGAUUUUUUCUAUGUAUCUUCUUUUUUUCUUUUACCUUAAAAAUCCAAUUUACAUAUUAAAAAUUACAUUUAUAUACAUAAUCUGUACAAU